AUGGGGGUGGAGGCGACGCAGAUGGGCGCGGAACCGGCGGCGCACGGGCGGCUGCUGUGGGCGACCGGCGGCGGGCGGAGGUACAUCAGCUACGACGCGCUACGGGGGACGUUGUGUUGUGCUCCCGGCCAGGGGUGCCCUACUACAACUGCCGCAUCAGCACCACCGCCAACCCCUACACCCGCGGCUGCGAGUCCAUCACCCACUGUCGCGAGGACGACCCUUCCUAGAAUCCAGAAAUUACGGAAGACUACUCAGCUUGAACCUACAGACUUAAUUGAUGUUUACUACGAGUCUGUAGACAACAGCAGCAAUACACUUGAAGAAAUUUUGCAGUCACAGGAUCAGUGUAUUAGGGACGUGCUUGGUAAUUCACUAGUUCCAAAGGCAGCGGCAACAUCAGAUAUGUGUCUGUUGAAUACAUCUAAUCUGAACAAUUUCACAUUUGCUUCUCUGAUAAGUAAGGAUAUGGAUGACCAUCUGAUGGUAUGCAGGUUUCUUCCCAAACUUAACGAUGAGAUACUAGGUGAAAGAAAUGCUCUCUACAAGGAAAGGUUGAGCAGCCUAGAGAAUUUAGUACUGAUCAUGGUGAUUGCGAUGCCGAAGCUCGCCGAGGUGGAGGACCUUGACGUCACCGUCUGGAGGUCAUCGAGGUGGAGGACCUCGACGCCAUCGUCUCGAGGUUGCCGAGGUGGAGGAUCUCGACGCCACCGUCUCGAGGUCGUCGAGGUGGAGGACCUCGACGCCACCGUCUCGAGGUUGCCAAGGUGA